AUGUCAAAGCUUUCCCAGAACAUUCCUAAACCCUGUGCCAAAAUACCCGUGGUAAUCAAUAGACACCUGUUAUCGUCCUGGCGUGAGGUUGUGAGGGCUGGGGAUAUUUACAUGUCGACCCAGGGCACUACUCUGCUCACCCCUGAGCAGAGGAAGGUCACUGGGAGUAAAAAUCCCUAUUCCCCGCAGCCUGCAAAGAGACGCCCUUACCUAGUAUUGGGCAUCAACCAGGACGGAUCGUUCACAGCGGUGCCAAUUACCAGUCGGGGAGGGGAGGGAUGGGAAGACUUGAGCAUGAAGGACCAGCUGAGAUUCCUGCCGAUCGGCAGAUGUCCUGAGGGAAUCUCGCGACCAGUGGUGGAUUUGGAAAGUGUGACGUCGGGAUGGCGCGGGGAGAAUUCUCUUCUCACCUCGACAUCCCUCCUCUUUCUUGACGUCAUCGAGACUUUCCGCCCGGAGGCGAUGUGUGGAUGCCAGGGGAGGGUUUCCGAAGAGAGCCUUCUGAUCUUCCGCCCGGAGGCGAUGUGUCGGUGCCAGGGGAGCGUUCCCGAAGAACGUCUUCUGCUCGCCCAGGCCGAGUCAGAAAGAAAUCGACGGAAACCUCAGGUUCAAGGGUCUAGCAGUACCAAUCCGUUCUCUAUCUUGGGUGAGUUACUAGUCAUCGAAGAUUAA